CUCCAAAAUAGUUUGUCUCACUCAUUGCAAGUAUACAUAUAUUCAUCGUGGCCCCUAUUGCGCUUCACUCGCCCCACUUAAUCAUCAAAAAAUGAUACUUGUUCUAUUCUUCAGCCGGGAUGAUAUUGAGGAUCGAUCUGACUGAGAACCGAGAUUGUUAGCUUAGAUUUCAAUCGCCACGUGUUUGUUGUUCUCUACGACAGAUUGUAGGGGUGGAAGAGGAUAUCACAAUCGCAUGCGCCUCGAAGACGAUCGAUAAAAGACCACCAGGUCCGCUAUCGCAUGACGUCACGGGCCUGACAGCGAAAAGCCUCGAUAAUCAGCGAGCAAUCCCGAUGGUGACCGAGGCCUCUCGAAGCAACCCGCCUUCCAUCAGGUCGUAAACGCGACCGACAUCCUACCUUCCGUCGUUUUGACGUAUCCGUUGUUACGCAAAAAUUCGCAAGCUCAAUCUCUUUUUAUUAUAUUCCAUGUAAUCAUUAGUCUAGUGACAGAGGACCAACAAUUUAAACAGAACCUCAGUGAAUCAAUAACUGUCAUUAACAUCAGUGAGACUCAUUUUUAUAAAACACAUAAAAAGCUACGAAUAUGUGGAAAUUAUCGGGAAAAAGAAGUAUUUAAUGGUUGAAGAAAAAAAAGUACAGUGAAUUAAUGAAAUCUAGAGGGUAAUUUUAAAUUGAUAUCAAUUAGAGUGAAAUAAAAAAUAAAUAAAUGAAAAGACAGAUUAUUUUUGAUGAUUAAUUAAAUGAGAAUGGUAUAGUUGAGUAUAAAAAGGUGGCUGUAAAAUUAAAAAUAAAAAUAUAAAAGAAGAAUAAAAAAAAAAUAUAUAAUAAAUAGUGUCAAACAAUUGCAUUGCUGCAGCAAGAGUGGCGCAGCUGAGCUAGAGCAGUGUAUACGACGAAUCGGUGAGACCAUAUACAAACGGGUGGUUGGGUGGGUGGUUGAGCUAAUACGACCCACAGCCCUACAUUCAAGAACGACAACUAAGUAGUGCAGGUUAACCUCUAUAAGUCUACACACCCUCGUUGUAUUUUUUCACUUUAUUUAGCUGCUUUAACAUCAGAAUAGCAUUUUUAUUAUCAUCAUAACCUACUUAUUUAAGAAGGCCUAAUAAAAAAUAGCAUGAAAGUUGAUUAAUUAAAGGGGUUGAACGAGAGUUAGGGUUGGGAGUGGAACGGGAAAGUGACAAAAAGUGUGAAAAAAAUCAAGUGGUGACGCGUAGAAGGGAAGAAGAACGUCCCCGUGUUGGGGGUGGAAGACGAGGGGUGGUGGUGUUUGCUGGAUCUCCAGUUGGAUCACCAUCAUCUAGUGUGCCAGGUUACAGUGAAGGCAUUGGAAGAAUACCAGGUGGAUAUUGUGAUGUGUUGGAGCCCUCAAGUAGCCAUCGAUCACGCGAGAUCGUUGGUCGAUCGGUCGUGAGGGCACCAGGGAUUUUACCAACGGCCCGCGGGCUGGCCGGGAGUCCGGGUGACGACGAGGUCGGUGGAGGAUGGUGUGACCUCCGUCGUCAUCCCGCACGUAGACCUGGCGGUGGUGGUUUCGGGACAGAACGUCUACUUGAUUCUGAAGAAGACGAAGAAGAAGACGAAGAAGCGGAGGAGGGGGAGGAGGUGGGAGAGGCGGAGGACGAAGAGCUGGCGAUGUCGAGGCAGCCUCGUGGAGAUCGGGAAUUGAGUCGAGAUUUGAGAGAUAGAGAUUUACGUUCUGAUCAUCGGGAUCCUGAUCACGUUGGUGGUAGACGGCAUCGAGAUGUUGAUUUCGAGUAUGAACAUAGCACACCUGGUGCUGCUGCUUCUUCAACACAUCCAGCGAGGUCUAAUGGAAGGGCUUACGCAUUCACGGAGAAGAAAUGUGAUCGUGACAACCUCCAGUUGGUCAAUUUAAGUGUUCCCCCAAGAAGACAUAAUGUUGGCUCAGCGGACUCCAAUUAUUCACAACCAAGUUCCGAUCUUUCUCUGGACGAAGAAAAAGAGAGCUUACGUCGUGAAAAAGAGAAAACAGCACUCAGCCAGCUUGAAAAAGCUCGAACGAAGCCUGUAGCCUUUGCAGCCAGAACCAAUGUUAGCUAUGAUGGAUCCAUUGACGAUGAUUCGCCUGUCCAUGGAUCUGCUGUUAGUUUUAAUGUUCAUGACUUCCUUCAUAUUAAGGAAAAAUAUGAUAAUAACUGGUGGAUUGGAAGGCUCGUGAAAGAAGGUUCUGACGUGGGGUUCAUUCCAUCCCCCGCUAAGUUAGAUGCCCUCCGAGUCCAAGCAAGUGCGGCACGUGGCACAAAAGGUUUAUAUUCAGCACGUGGUGGAUCAUCGAGUAAUCUUGGGGAAAGUGGAAUGCCAUCGCGUGGGUCGACGCCACCUACACCUGGUGAUGAUAGCGACAGUGUUGGCAAUGUGAGACCUGGGAAAACAACGUUAACUACUCCGCCUGUCAAAGAGAAACGAAAGAAUUUUUUUAAGAAGCCGUCUUACGAAACUACAACACCAUACGAUGUUGUUCCAUCAAUGAGACCAAUAGUUAUAGUAGGACCAUCGUUGAAAGGAUAUGAAGUCACAGAUAUGAUGCAAAAGGCGUUAUUUGAUUUUUUGAAGCGAAGGUUUCCAGGACGGAUAAUCAUCACGAGGAUAACUCCAGACAUAUCGUUGGGGAAAAAGUCACUAUUAAAUAAUCCGACAAAACGAGCCAUUAUGGAACGAUCAACAAGCAGAAGUAGUUGUUUAGCAGAAGUUCAAGCUGAAAUAGAAAGAAUAUUUGAAUUAGCAAGAACACUUCAACUGGUUGUAUUAGAUUGUGAUACGAUUAAUCAUCCAUCACAAUUAGCAAAAACAAGCUUAGCGCCAAUCAUUGUCUACUUAAAAAUAUCCUCGCCAAAAGUUCUUCAGAGACUGAUUAAAUCUCGAGGUAAAUCACAAACUCGACAUCUAAAUGUACAGAUGGUCGCGGCGGAGAAGCUCGCCCAGUGUCCUCCUGAAAUGUUUGAUGUGAUAAUUGACGAGAAUCAGUUGGAUGAAGCUUGCGAACAUGUAGCUGAAUAUUUAGAGGCUUAUUGGAGAGCAACACAUCCCCCAGUUAUGGCAGUUCCUCGAACCAUUGCUACAGCAUCUGAUGCACCAGCAGAUGUUUUAGCACCAAGAGUGCCGUCAGGCGGCCGACACGACUCUUACUACGCUCACGAGUCCAGAGGUAACAGAAACAGACAGAGUACUUAUGGUGGAGCACAUGCUAGUACAAGAAGAUCUAGAUUGGAACGAGGUGAUCGUGAAAGAGAACGAGAACGUGAGAGAGAACGUGAACGGGAUCACGAUUAUGGGACGGAAGAAGAGCCUUACUUGAGCGGUGGUGUGGACUAUGGUAACGUUUCUAGACGUCGUCAACAGCAAGACUCAAGGGCGCUCAACGCCAUUUAGGAGCUGGAGCCCCGGGGUUUAUCGUUACAACGGUGUCCCCAUUUAAAAACUACCGCCCUUUAGGAAAUAAAUCAUUUUAAAUGGAUCCUUUUUGGAAUGUAAGAAUGUCAUGUAUAAUUAUUACAAUUAAGCCUAUUUAAUUUUGCCUUGUGUAAGUCAUUUAUCAAUAUGGAAAGUAAAAUUAACUAAUGGGACUUUCCAUUCGUGUGAUAUAAAUAAUAUUAAAAAUAUAAAAAUAACUUUUUUAUAUUAAUAUCUGAUCAAGUCACACAAACUAUGUUGAACAAGUUGAUGCAAAAUAAAAAGACUACUAGUUGCAGAAGAUAUAAAAGACUCCGAUAGCUUCAAUAAUCGGAAGAUAUUUUAUAAAUUAUUGCCAUAUAUUACAGAUAUUUCAAUAUUUUGCUAAAUUCAAUCAUAAUAAUCUAUCAUUUAAAAGUUGAACUCUGAUUCAAGAAUAAUAAUCAAUAAAAUUAGAAUUCUGGUGUUUUAUUGUUUCAUUCAAAUUAAUGCCCAAGUGUUUCUGAUUACUCCAUUUUCUCUUACGUUUAUUUCUAUUGGAUAAUGUUAAAUAAUAGUAUGUACUUCUUUGUUACAAUGAGAAAGUUUCAAUUGAAAAACCUGUAAAUUAAAAAGGCUUGAUUGUAUUUUAUGCAAACGAAAACUCGUUGAUUAAAAAUUUGCUCUUGAAGUAUAUAGUGAAUUUAUUGACUCACUAUACACGACUUCUUCUUUCUGAAGACCGACCAAUAAGUAUCCAAAUGUUAUGUUUUAAUGAUUUUAAUGAGAAUUUUUUAAAUAAUUAGAUGAAAUGCCAAACUCUAUGGUAUGUUGAAAUUAUUGAAGAUUUAUUGUAGAUAAUUUUUUUCUCGUAUAAUGAGUCGACUCAAAUGAUCGCAGAACUCGCGGUCUACUUUUUGAUUUUAUUAGUUGACAAAUUUCCAUUUUAGCAACAAUAUAUAUUUUUAAGUAAUUUUUUUGUAUAUGAAAUAUCUCGAUAAAACAAAAAGAUAAGCCCCCGGGGCCAAAAUGUGGUGAAAAAAAAAACAAAUUUUUAUUGAAAAGACGAUAAAAAAAACUCUUUCUUGUCAUUUUGUCGAUGGCGAACGACAAAAAACGCAGCGCAAAAGUCAUGCAAUUAUACUCUUCAUAUACGUUUUAAAAAAUAUUAGAGUGUCCGCGGAUCCUUUGGGUCGAUUAUUAGAGUUAACAAAUUGCUCGAACAUCUUGUUAAAAUUUUAAAUAACUAAUUCAAAAAGAUUAAUACUUAUAUUAAAAAAAAAAUUAUCUGGCGAGCGACAAUUUAUUGUAUUUAGAAUUAUUUAAAGUAGUCCUUUUGUAAAGGAUAAUAUUUUUUAGAUGACUUAAAAGACACCUGUACCUUAUUUAUUUCGUGUACCUAAUUACAAUUUUUAUAAAGACAUUAAUUAAACUAAAAUGCUUAUAGAGGUGUCCUAGCUAAGUCACGCCUAAUAUAAUAGUUAUCAUUUUUUUUUUUUAUUAUAUAUAAUGAGACUUUGUUUCUAAAAAAUUUAAUUUAAAAAAUUUAUUAAAACUACUUCUUCAUUAGUAUAGAGCUUUAUUACAUAAAUAUUUAAUAAUAAAUAAUAAUGCUUUAAAAUUAUGGAAGGACUACUUUAAUAAAUGAAAAAGAAAGUACAGCAUUAAUUUAAUUCCUAA